AUGAUAGCAAGAGGUAUAAAAAAGGUUCAUUUACAGACAUUGGUUAAAUGUAAGUUUGCAUGUUACAGUUGUCGUUAUAGCUUACAGACCGUGAAAAGUGAAUAUACGUUGCCAAAAAACUACAGAAAGAUGACCCAGGACGAGGUCGAUGACGAGUCCAGAAUCACUGUCAAUGAAGUUAUCCCGCUGAUUGCAACUAUCGAUGUGGGGACGACAUCGUCGCGGGCAAUACUGUUCAACAGACUGGGACAGGAGGUCGCGAAACACCAAAUCGAAUAUUCAACGUCGGCUUCGAAGGAGAAGUACGCCGCUUCGGGCAAACGCAGAUUUGCAUUGGAUGACGAGAAUCAACCGAUUUUCUCGGCGGAGGGAAUAGCGAUCAGCGAGAACGAGUUUUUAGAAAUUGAGGAUUUGCUGAUCAAAGAGCGCGAGCCCACGUUACGGUUCCCUAGGCCCGGUUGGGUCGAGUGCAAGCCACUGAAUAUUCUUGUCCACGUAGUGGAAUGUCUAUCCAAGACCCUGAGUUUUGUCUAUUCGGUUAAUGAAGAGCGUAUUGCCAGUGGCCUGGCUCCCUACAAGAUUCAUUGUAUGGGGCUAGCCAACAUGCGAGAAACGACUCUUGUUUGGUCAAAGAAAACGGGUUUGCCCGUUGUUGACUAUGGUAUUGUUUGGAAUGACACAAGAAAUGCUCAAAUAGUGACGGACAAGAGGAAUACUACUUCAGAGGAACAACAGGCAAGGUUGAGAGAUAAAACAGGGCUACCACUGUAUUCAACGUACUUUUCUUGCUCAAAAUUACGUUGGUUUCUAGACAACGUUUCCGAAGUUAAAAAAUGUUACGAAGAAAAUGAUUUAAUGUUUGGCACAGUCGACUCCUGGCUGAUUUAUCAUCUGACGUCAUCCAGGGCAUUUGUAUCUGACGUUACGAAUGCUUCGAGAACGGGGUUUAUGAAUUUGGACACACUGGAUUAUGAUGACGAAUUACUAAAUUACUGGGGGAUUGACCGUAAGAAAAUCAACUUGCCGAAAAUUGUAUCAUCAGCUGAAUAUUAUGGUGAUUUCCAAGUGCCAAAAUGCAUUAAGAGCUAUUUGCUUGCCAGUGAUUGGAAACUAUUAUCUGAUUUUAGUAACAGAAAUCCACCAGUACCUUUACAAGGCUGCCUUGGUGACCAAAGCGCUUCAUUGGUGGGUCAGUUAGCUUUUAAGCCAGGCUCUGCAAAAUGUACUUACGGUACCGGCUGCUUCCUAUUGUACAAUACAGGUUCAAAAAAAUUAAUUUCACAACAUGGUGCUUUGACUACGUUUGGAUACUGGUUCCCGAAUCUGGAUGGUGUCGAAGAGAGCAAACCGCAUUUUGCUCUUGAAGGUUCGGUUGCUGUAGCUGGCGCAGUGGUACAAUGGCUCAGAGAUAAUCUCAGAUUGAUACCAAAGGCGGAAGAUGUCGGUCCAUUAGCGUCUCGAGUGCCAGACUCUGGCGGUGUUGUAUUUGUACCUGCUUUCAGUGGACUUUUCGCACCGUAUUGGGAUCCAGAUGCUCGUGCCACUGUCAUGGGUAUGUCACAAUUUACAACAGCUUCACAUAUUGCCAGAGCAGCCGUAGAGGGUGUAUGCUUCCAAGCCCGUGCAAUUCUAAAGGCAAUGAGUUCGGAUGCUGCAGGAGCAAAGGACAAAGAUAAAGAUUUUUUUGAGGAGGUUGUUGAUGGGACGUAUGAAAAAUCCCUACUAUCCACACUUGCAGUCGACGGUGGCAUGUCCCGGUCAGAUGAAGUGAUGAAAAUUCAAGCUGAUAUCCUGGGACCAUGUAUUAAAGUAAGACGAUCACCUACUCACGAGUGUACAGCAUUGGGGGCAGCAAUUGCAGCAGAAAUGGCAUUCAAAGAUCCGGCGGAGAGAAUGAUGUGGAGAGAUCUCAGCGAUGUCAAAAAAUGGGUUUUCUAUAAUGGACUGGAUAAGGGGGAGCAGCCGGCAGAUUAUGUCAAACCUGAUUUGAAAAUAUUCAGGAGCACUUCUAGCGACAAAGAAAGAAGGCAAAAAUGGAAACUAUGGGAAGUUGCCGUAGAAAGAUCAAGAGGUUGGCUAGCUGCGACCAAAGAAAUUGAACAGGACGAAAGCGGUAGCAGCAGCAAGAUGACUAAUUCGCAUGAUUAG